AUGCAGCAAAACAACAGUGUGACUGAAUUCAUCCUAUUAGGAUUGACUGAAGAUCCUAUGAGACAGAAAAUGGUAUUUGUAAUCGUCUUCAUUUUUUAUCUGGGAACAAUGGUAGGGAAUUUGCUUAUUAUUGUGACCAUCAAGUCCAGCCGGACACUUAGGAGCCCCAUGUACUUUUUCCUAUUUUAUUUGUCCUUUGCUGAUGCCUGCUUUUCAACCUCCAUAGCUCCUAGACUAAUUGCGGAUUCACUCUCUGCAAAAAGAAUCAUAACUUACAAUGAGUGCAUGACUCAAGUCUUUGCACUACAUUUCUUUGGUGGCAUGGAGAUCUUUGUGCUCAUCCUCAUGGCUGCUGAUCGCUAUGUGGCCAUUUGCAAGCCCUUACAUUAUCCAACCAUAAUGAGCCAGCAAGUCUGCAACAUUUUGAUUAUUAUUGCAUGGAUUGGGGCUUUCAUCCAUUCUACAACCCAGAUUAUCCUGGCCUUGAGAAUGCCUUUCUGUGGACCCAAUUUCAUUGAUCAUUACUGCUGUGAUUUGCAGCCCUUGAUGGAACUUGCUUGCAUGGAUACAUAUGAGAUCAACCUGUUGAUGGUGUCUAACAGUGGGGCCAUUACCACAAGUGGUUUUGUGAUUCUGAUAAUCUCAUACAUUAUCAUCUUGCAUUCACUGCGAAACCACAGUGCAGAAGGAAGGAAAAAAGCUCUCUCUACUUGCACUUCUCAUAUCAUAGUAGUAGUGUUAUUCUUUGUUCCAUGUAUAUUCAUAUAUACACGCCCUGCAACCACUUUCCCAAUGGACAAGAUGGUGACUGUAUUUUAUACUAUUGGGACACCUUUUCUCAACCCAUUCAUCUACACACUGAGGAAUGCAGAAGUGAAAAAUGCCAUGAGAAUGAUAUGGCAUAUUAAAAUUACAUCUGAAUGCAAAAGAUGA